AAAGGAAUAUGUUUUUGCAUUUUUUGUUGUAGAAGUUUGAUUUUGAAGAAAGCUAAUAAAGAUUAGUAAGAUAUGGAAGGUUCAGAAGAUGCUUCUGCAAUUGUAGAACCACCUGACCCAGAAGUUCUUGAAGUCGACCCAACUUGUCGAUAUAUUCGGUACAAAGAAGUAAUAGGCAAAGGCGCAUCCAAGACAGUUUUUAAGGGAUUCGACGAAGUAGAUGGGAUUGAAGUUGCGUGGAAUCAAGUAAGGAUCGACGAUCUUUUGCAAUCACCAGAUUGCCUCGAGAGGCUAUAUUCCGAAGUGCGGCUUUUGAAAUCGCUGAAGCAUAAAAACAUUAUAAGGUUUUAUAACUCGUGGAUCGAUGACAAGAACAAAACGGUUAAUAUAAUUACUGAAUUGUUCACUUCAGGAAGUCUCCGGCAGUACCGUAAGAAACAUAGAAAGGUGAAUAUGAAGGCUGUGAAGUGUUGGGCGAGACAGAUUUUAACAGGACUGAAAUAUCUACAUAGUCAAGAUCCGCCGAUUAUACACCGAGAUAUCAAAUGUGACAACAUUUUUAUCAACGGUAACCAUGGAGAAGUGAAAAUAGGAGACCUUGGUCUAGCUACUGUCAUGGAGCAAGCUAAUGCCAAAAGUGUGAUUGGAACACCCGAGUUUAUGGCGCCUGAGCUUUACGAUGAGAACUACAACGAGCUCGCUGAUAUAUAUUCGUUCGGGAUGUGUAUGUUGGAAAUGGUGACUUUUGAAUAUCCUUAUUGUGAAUGUAGAAACUCUGCUCAAAUCUACAAGAAAGUUUCAUCGGGGAUAAAACCAGCUUCACUCUCAAAGGUUAAAGAUCCAGAAGUUAUGAAAUUUAUCGAGAAAUGUUUAUUGCCAGCCUCCGAAAGGUUAUCAGCGGAGGAGCUUUUAUUGGAUUCUUUUCUCAAUGUGAACGGUUUAGUUAUGAACAAUCCAUUACCGCUUCCCGACAUUGUAAUGCCGAAAGAAGGAUCAUUCGGAGAACGUUGUCUUAUGUCUGAAGGACCACCUAAUGCUAGGAAUAGACCGAUGUCAAUGAAUCUUGACGAAGACAAUAACCUUCCUAUUGUUAUUUCAAGCAACAAUUCAGGAUCAAAGUGUAUUGAGGUUAGACGGGCAAAGCGAGGAAACUUCUUUGUCCUUAAAGGUGAAGAGAAUGAUGAGAACUCUGUUUCGCUAAUUCUUCGUAUAGUCGAUGAAAAUGGGCGUGUGAGGAACAUUCAUUUCCUAUUCUUUCAAGAAGGUGACACUGCUUCUAAUGUAUCGAGUGAGAUGGUUGAACAGCUUGAAUUGACGGAUCAAAACGUAAAGUUUAUAGCGGAACUGAUUGACGUAUUACUCGUCAAUUUGAUACCGAAUUGGAAAACCGAUGUAACGGUCGAUCAUCUUAUUCACCCGCAACAGAACCAGAGCUCCAAGGAUAACCAUCAAAACGGUGCAAAUUCCCAAGAUGGUGAAUCCAUUAGUCACUCUUUGUCCUCUGAUUAUUGCCCACGAUCCGAUGAUGAGGCAAACCCGACCGUAGCAACAAGAGAAGAUCAAGAAGCAGAGAAACGAGGAAGCUUGGAGGAAGAAGAAGAAUAUGAGAGGUUAAAAGAGGAGCUAGAAAAGAUAGAAGAACGGUUCAGAGAAGAGAUGAAAGAGAUAACGAGGAAAAGAGAAGAAGCAACAAUGGAGACCAAAAAUAGAUUUUUUGAGAAGAAGACUCAACAAGUUGAGUAACUGAAACAACAAAGCAACACUUUGGUU